CCUCCACUAGCUAGAUCGAGUUGAAAAUAAUAAUCCCACUCUUCAAUAAUCAUAGACGAGGUUUGUCUAUUCCAGGUAUCGGGCCCUUUUUCGGCCAACCCUUCUCUUCGGCCAGGACGGCCUGGAAACUGAAAAGCGAGGCUCAAGAUCGACGGCCGAUAUGCUCAGCCACUUUUCAUUUGCUAUGUACAGCCCAUUUUCAUCUCCUCCGCAAAGGGUUAUUGCAAUAAACAGUUUAUAUUCGUCAAAACUGCUCAAUAUUGAUGGUUACACACAGUUCGUCCCACUACAGCACCUAUUGUAGCCCAUCCUGAAAAUUUUGCGGAAUUGAUCCUCCAUACUCCCUUUCGAAUUCAUGGGUACCUGAACCCUGCGCUGGGAAUCUGCUCGCAAGCGUGAACCGCUUCAAGACAUCCGUAGCCUAUCUAAGUUAGUGAUAGUGGAUGUGUUGUGGAUGCACGGUAAACACGGUCUUCAUUGGAUAUCACCUUUCGGCCGCUGGUAAGCUCGAAGACACUAGGUUAUCGCAGUGCAGCGGGAGGGGCUCGCUCCGAGCCCCUUCGCAGAUCGCCCCUCACCCGUGGGGUAUGGAUAGGGCCUCUGGAAGGACACGCCUCCCACGCCACUCAACGACGAGGUUUUGUGCUCGGUCUCACAUCCGCAGCGUAGCUGGGCGGCGCCAAAGGCAGACUGACGCCUGCACCAUCACUUUUCCAAUCCAGCACACAGGGUAUAUAUAUAGGUGUGCAGCAGUACAGCUCUUUCGUUCCGUCUUCAACACAAUCUCUCCAUCCAGUCCAGUCACCUCUCAAUCUUGUACCCCAAGAGACUACUACGGCAGAAAAUCAAACAAGGCAUUUCCAUCACGCUAUAAUGGAUGACCUGAUAUCAUUCUACCCAACAGUUUGAUAUCACAAGAAAUUAGCAGCAUUGAUAUCUCGAAUACUUUAUCUGCUAACACCCUCCACUUUGUUCUGCCACUGGAGCGAUGGUAGUUUUAUUUACUGAGUGAAGAGCAGCUUAUCGUAGUAUAAACUUCAUUCAUGAUAUUUCACCCCUCCAUGGAGCUAAACUGAAUUUAGCUUAGAACUUCAUCGAAUGAAAUGAUGGCUUUAGGCCCUAGAGUAAUAAUUCCAAUAACAGCCACCCAUUUAAGCCACCAGAGUCAAGUUUUCACUACAAUACAUCCCAUAUAAGAGAAAGCCCGUUAACGUUGUUCUUCGCAAGCUAAAGCGCUUUGUUCGAUACGAUCUUUAUGAUAAUGCCGUCCGGCUUGAAGUGGCCAUCGACAUAUUCUUUAGUCAAGUACGCUGGAGCAGCCAGAUCUGCGAUCUGUGUACCAAGGGAACCACCAUCAGCGUUGCACUUGAGGAUGCUGUCAGCCUCCAGCUUCUUGCCACCAUCGAUGGUGUCUGCAAUAUCGG